GAAGAAGGAGAUUUGGGGAGGUCAGGAGCGGCUGUUCUUACUUCCCAACUGCAGCAGCACACCCCAGUCUCAUAACCCUCCACAGAGGCAACCGAGCAGAACUCAUCUGGAGCGAAGGCUUGCAGACGGCAGAAAAUUAACUGAUUGAUCUCGAAGCGAGAGCCAUACACUUACAGCCACAAUGGCAGAAGAUGCUGAUAUGCGCAAUGAGCUCGAAGAAAUGCAGCAGCGGGCUGAUCAGAUGACUGAUGAGUCCCUCGAAAGCACCCGUCGUAUGCUGCAGCUUGUUGAAGAGAGCAAGGAUGCUGGUAUCAGGACCUUGGUUAUGUUGGAUGAGCAAGGAGAACAACUGGAACGCAUCGAAGAGGGAAUGGACCAAAUCAAUAAGGACAUGAAAGAAGCAGAAAAGAAUUUGACGGACCUAGGAAAAUUCUGUGGCCUUUGUGCCUGUCCAUGUAACAAGCUUAAAUCAAGUGAUGCUUACAAAAAAGCCUGGGGCAACAAUCAAGAUGGAGUUGUAGCCAGCCAGCCUGCCCGUGUUGUGGAUGAACGAGAACAGAUGGCCAUCAGUGGUGGAUUUAUCCGCAGGGUAACAAAUGAUGCCCGAGAAGGUGAGAUGGAUGAAAACCUGGAACAGGUUGGCGGCAUCAUUGGAAACCUCCGUCACAUGGCUCUAGAUAUGGGCAAUGAGAUUGAUACACAGAACCGCCAAAUGGACAGGAUCAUGGAGAAGGCUGUUUCCAACAAAACCAGGAUUGAUGAAGCCAAUCAACGUGCAACAAAGAUGCUGGGCAGCAGUUAA